UCGUAUAGAAACUUAAAGUUAGAACCUGCGGGUCACUUUCAUGCCUUUUUCACUGGGGAUAACUUUUUCAUUACGUGUGCUGCACCUUCAAAUAGCUUCGCCACUAGACUCACUUGGCAGGCGCCUAAUGGAAGGGACAUCACUACCAGUGCUGGAAGAGUUCAUGUGGAAGCCACAACUGAAGUUCCCCAUCGUCUUGAAUUGGUUUUCGAAGACGUUAAAUAUGAAGAUAGAGGGAAAUAUACAUGCUCAGCCAUUAUAGAUGGUAGAGAAGCGAAGACAUAUUUCGUGCUUACGGUUUACCGUACUUUCCAUUGCAUUCUGGGGUACACCUGAGCAACAGCAUGGUAAGGAAGGUGAAGACCUUACAGUUACCUGUAAUGUAAGAUCUGAUCCAACUGCUAUAAUUUCGUGGUAUGUUAAUGGAACUCUUAUUUUAGAUAGUUCAAGAUACACAAUGAGUGAUGAUGGUCUUCACAUUCGUAGUCUACGACCCUCAGAUUAUGGGAAAUAUACGUGUCGAGCUUUCGUUGUCACACCUCAUAGUUCUCAAAUGAAAGAUAAGGACAUCACACUUUAUGUUCAAUGUACGGUUUGCUUUGGUCACCCUUCAAUAGUGCAAGUGUGA